ACUGCUCUCCGUACCCGCGCGCGAACACAUAUAAACUCACACAAGCGCGCAACGUAUUAAAUCCCAAACCACACCCAGCUGCAUCGUUCGAGCCCUCCCUCGCGCGCUCGCGACGACACAACAAGCGUUACUUCUGGGGGGAGGUCUGGUGACACCGACUGCCCUUCUGUCCGAUUUGAAAGCUGUUUCCUCGCAAUAUUUCUUUUAAAGUUAUCACUCGCAUGUUCCUCCUCUGUCACUGACACACAGUCACAUCUUCAACUUCUCUGCAUUGCUUUACUCUCAGUCCAAAACUCGGUGAGUAAACUUUGUUUUUCCAGUUUGCAUGUUGUUUGAAUACAGCUCCAUACUUACUUUGUUGUUGUUGAAAUCGAUUCAAAUCCUUUAUGGUUGUGAUGUUUCAUAUAAUGUUGACCUAAAAUGUUUGGGAUCAGUUUUUUGCUCAGCUGUCUUAAUUUAUUGUCAUCUGACUUUGGUUACCCAAAGUUAAAAUACAGCUAUGAUAUAAAAUAAGUGCCCUGGCUGUAUUUUAGCAUAUUGCUACUUUAAAGCUCAUUUAUUUCAUUAUUCAUAGUAUUCAAGGACAUUAGUUUUAGUAACACUUUGGUUGUGUUUCGUUCUAGUGGAGUUAUGAUUUAACACAUAACUGGGCUUCUGUAUAAAUGAAACCUACGCUACUAGUUUAAUACUUUGAAGGUGGGGGGAGGUUUUUGUCAUUGUGUGCCUGUGUCACUGUAAAUGUGUUUGGGUUUGAAUGCAGUGAAUGUGCAGGGGGAAGAUAAACCCACUUAACCACUUUUGAUGAACACUUGAAAUGUGUGCAUUUGAGUCCGAUCUAAGUACAAGAUGCAUCCUUUGUUGCAGCUCUUUCACUAAAAUGAAGGUUUGUUGUCUGUGCCAGAAUGAAUUUAAGGAAGCUUUUGCUGAGUUUUGUAGUUUGCAUAGUUAGUUUUUGCAUGCACUCAUCCUAUAUUAGCUAAAAUUCUCUAUGAUAAUAAGUGAAAUCCAUUUGCCUUUUUAAGACAUAAGUACAAAUGCAAAAGUUUUAAACAGACAUAAAAAGGUUUAACUUACCCCUUUACUGUGAGCAGGCAGCAUGGCUUGUCAUUGUCUGGCUUUUAGUGACUGGCCUAUUGUUUAGUUUCUAGAUUGCCAUAAAAUUAUCCUAUUAUCACAGGAAAUGUGCUUUGUUAGUUUGAGAAAAUGCGAGAAAUUAAUUCUUGCCAUUUUAAAGAGAAAACCAGCUGUGUUAUCCUGUAAUACAUUUGAGGAAAUUUGUCAUUAUCACAGGGAAACAGUUUAAAAAAUAUGCAAGGAUGCUUGUCGUCUUGGGGCUUUCAUACCUUUCCCCAUAGUUUAUUGAAUUUUAACUGUGAUUGGGCCAGCACUGUGGUCAACCAUUCAUAACAUGAUUGAAAUGUGGUUUUGCUGAGGCAGCUUAUUGCUCCUGUGUUUCCUUGGCGCCCUCUCGUGGUUGAAAAAAAAAAAAAAAACGUUUUUUAUUUUUCCAUGCUUUGAAGAGAUUUUCAGGGCCUUGUUGCAGACUGACACCAAUCCUUUUGAGACAAUUUUUGCAGGCAGUCAGACAAAGCAUGCAGACUGAGGAAUGCUGUGCCAUCGUGGCCGUGGCUAUGAUCUGGAAGUUAAAUGUUGAGUGAAAGAGGACGCAGAGAGGAAAAAGGAAGAGAUAAAUUAAAAAAGACAAAGUGAUUGUGGAGCUUGAUUUUGGGCACUUUCAAAUUUCAGUUGGAAAGUGAUUUUGAAAAUGAAAGAUUGUUUAGCUCAGCAAUACAUGUUAGCAAGCUUCCUCUGGGUGCCAGCUGUUUAGAUCUGCAGGGGGAGAAAUGCAUUCAUUUUGUUAUGUUUUGCACAAAAUCAAAUGUUAUGACAUGACUUGCCAACAUAAAAUGACUUCUAGGCUGCUGUUACUUGUACUUGUUACAGAGAAAUUAAAGAAUAAAGUUUGGCAGCUAAAUGAACGCAUGCAUGGGUGGUCAAACUUGGAGCAUAUAACUUAGCAGCUUUCAAGAAUGCACAGCCAUGUGGCAGAAUUUAUGGCCUUCCACUGCAGCUUGAUAAAUGCACUGGCCAAAUUCUCCUAAGCUGAAGUCAGUGCUACUCUGGCCAAAAAGGGCAAAUGCACUACAACAGCCAAAAUGUUUGAGAUUAGAAGAAAGAAAAUGCAUUACAAAUAGAGAAUCGGUGUUAAGUACAACCACAUAGACCACAGAAAAACAAAACAGAACAAAAAGAUUAACACUUCAGGCUCUAUAGGAAUGCUGAUGGAAGCCGCUUGAUUUGGACACAGAACAAAUGAGGGCUAUAAUUUGGGUCACUCUUUACCAUUACAAACCUUACAGUUUCUUCAGGGUUUAAAAAGUGUCUAUGUUGUUGGCUUUGCCUAUUUUCUCUCACUCACUGUUUCAGGUGUGAUGUGACACUUUAAAAGUUUAAAUGGCAGGAGAGUGCUUGAGCUAUUUAGGAGUAUUUUUAGUUUCACUGGAUGCAGAAAAAAGAGCAAGGUGUGUAAUAUUUGAUAGGAUUAGUCCAGGUGUCAGCCUGCAGUGAAAGUGCUGACAGAUGAAGACUAUCAGUGUGAAGAGACUAAGAAUUAAGGUAGAGUCUCCACCAGGUGUUCCACUACAUUUAUUUGCCAUGUGGGAGUCAUUUUUCAGUGCUGUCACUGCAGGAAUGUGUGUGAAAAUGUACCAUCACACACUUAGGCACAUGCACACCCAAAAACCAUGUUUAGUGUCCAACAUGAAAGAAUUCCUGUCCCAGGGGGUAGUCUUUAAACCCAGCGGGAAAACAACUUUAUGCAUCUGUUAUUUUUUAAGGUUGAAGAUUCCUAAAGCAGAACACACAGAAACACACACUGUUCCACUCUUCAGCAUCAGUGUGGGCCUUAUUGUACAGAAAAAUGUCUGCCAUUUGAAUGCCUCAUUCUCUCCUGGUAUUUAACAAAACUGAACUCAGCUUCAUUAUUUAUUUCAAAGUCAGUCAGUCUGCUUGAUUUUGAAUUUUGCAGGAGGACAUGUAGAUUUUGCUGUUAUUGUGUAAAUCAACAAAAUGUCAAGUUGUUAUGCUAAGGUUGCCAGUCUCAUGACCCGAUGAGAAAUUCUGCUUGUAAUGACCUUUUUGUUUUCAGUUUGGGAUGUGAAUGAAUCAUUUGUUUAUGCUCAUAACUCAAAUUCCAGGCAUCAAAUUUCAAGUUGAAAUGUCCUUUACUAAUGUCAGAAAGAUGGUCCACUCUUCUCUUAUUUUGGGACAAGAGAGUGAAAUAUUCAUCAAGUGUCAGAUUGGUGGAUUUUAGAAUUUGGAUAGGUCAAAUGUAGCAUGUUUGUACUCAGGUAUUUCAGACUUUGGGCUCUAUUUUUGUGUCCGCCUGGGACGCGGUGGAGGGUGGCGCAGUGACAUUUUCGUGCUCGCCAUCGGCGUGUAAAGCUGGCCAGCUUUCAGCGCAGGCGGAGUGUAGCUCGUCUAGUGGUAUUUUGGUAUUUUGGUAGACCGGCGGUGUAUCGGCUUACGUCACCGAUGCCUCACCGGCAGGUUUCCACAGUGUCAGGCACAUUUCAGUGCAAUAAAUAAUCAUCAACAACUAAUAAUCUGAGUCAGUAUACAUUUAGAUCUAUAUAUUCUGAUCUAUUUCUGAUCCAAUGAGCGCGUUUGGCAUGCGUUUGGAUACUCAGCCUGACCGAAUUACCACAGCUGAAACUGCAUUAAAUUAAAUUAAAUAUCUAGUAAAUAAACACACAUGAUGAAGUGAACAAGAUAUGUAAUUCAUCUCCCUCCUUUUCUUUCUUCCUCUUCCUCUUAUUUCUCGCACAGCUGGACAUGUCUCCGUGUCCUCUCCCAAUCCUGCUGCAGCUGGGUCAUUCCAUGUCAAUUCAACCAAGAAUCUCCACUCACGUCACAGAUUUUGAUGAAAUUUGGUGAAGUGAUUGGCCUUCAGGAGAAACUGUCAGAGUAAGGAACGAUGGUUCCCCAGUCGUCUAGGUCUUCUGGCUUUCAGUACAUGCAAAUCUUUGAGAAAGAGCAUAUCAGGAGAACUACAAUAAAUAGCAACUAUUCCAAAAUAUACUAGAAGAAGUUGGUCAAGAGGAGAGCAAAGGUGCCAUGGAAGGACUGUAAAAUAAUUUCUCUUGAGUAUGGUAUCAUCCAAUACUUGCUCACGGGAAUCCAGAUUUUAUGAUUCACUCUUGAUCAAUUUCCUUGAAACAGUAAUAUGGUAGAUGAAGUGCCAGCUCAUUCUUGUAGCUUACCCGAUUUGCCUCUGCUCUAUAGUGCAUCAAGAAAUUGAGACUCAGGGCAACAGAGCACCAUUAUUUACUACUCAAGAGAAAUUAUUUUACAGUCCUUACAUGGCUCCUUAGCUCUCCUCUUGCACAACUUCUUCUAGUAUAUUUUGGAAUGGUUGCUAUUUAUUUACUGUAGCUCUCCUGAUAUGCUCUUUCUCAAAGAUUUGCAUGUACUGAAAGCCAGAAGACCUAGACGACUGGGGAACCAUCGUUCCUUACACUGACGCUAUCAAACUCUUUGUAGUUCAUACAUUCUUUCCUAUUUGGAAACAAACUUAGCAUGGUGAUCAAGCUUUGUGCAGCUUUUUGAUAUUGUUAAAGUACUUUUGAAGUAUAAAGGAAACGUUGAAAGGGCUCAGGAUAAAUAGCCUGGAAUACUUCACAGCGAAACCAGCAACAAAAUUUCAGGGUGCAUAGGUAGAAGUUAUUUGUCAACCCUAGGAUCCAGGACAUGCAGGUAUGUCCAAAUGAUUCUCCCAUGAAGCUAAGAUCAUUCAUAUUCUGGAUAUAGGUGCAAAUAGAAAUGAAAUGCGAUGGAAAACUGAGCAAAAAUAAGCUAUUCUAGCCAUUUUUUAUAUAGAUAUGGGAUAUAAUACAAAUGAAAACACUCAAAAAAGGCAUUUUGUACUAUGAUGAAGUAAUAUUUUACACAAGCAGGCAAGUAGGGCUGACUCCAGAUGAGGUCAGGACUGUAUAAUGUGCCAAAUAGGGCGAUUUUCGACCUAACGUACCACACAUUUUGACUGAUUACUCAAAAAGUUAUGGAAUGGCCAUCCUGAAACUUGCAGGGAUGCUAGUGGACAUGAUAGUCUUUCUUAAGUGUGAAUAUGAAGAAAAUUGAAGGGCGCACGUUUUUUGCUAUUUCCAAUUUAAGUUUUUGGUCUUUUAUAAUUUUUUUCUGGUUGAGAAAAAAUGUUAUGGAACAGCGACACUUGUUGAGGGGUUGCAUUCUGUCGCCAUCGUGUGGCAUUGCUGUCUUCAGCCAUCUCUUGAUCUCUUUGACUACAUCACGAAAAUAGUAAUACGCCUCGCCGGGGGCGGAUUUAAAGGCGAGGAGAGGAGCUCAUGUUAUUAAUCAAUACAGGUCUCAGCUGUGUUAAGCCUACUCCAUGCCCUCUCUCCUCCCUCGCUACGACUUACGCCGCUGGGAGGAGCUGAGUUAGGGAGGGGGGAUACUUAUGCCGGGCUGUGCUGCUUACCAAAAUACCAAAUUAUGCUUGGGAAUCCCUUGUCGGCGCGGAGGACCUGACUUGUGCCGCGCAUGCGCCACAUCUCCGGCGAAGCACAAAAAUAGAGCCCUUUGUGUUAAGUAUUUACAGUAUAUCCAUUCAACUUUGCAAGCUAAUGAUCUGUAUUACAAGUUAUUCUAAAAAGCUUAGACGGGAGAAGCAAGGGUGUUUGAUCAGGGGUGGGCAAAAUACUGAUAUGGUCAUGUUAUUUCAUAUCCCCUAACUACCCUGUGAUUCUCACCCCUAUUUUGACAAUGUAGAGGUAAACAGGCAAGGCUAAAAGUAAAAAAAAAUUAUCCAAGUGAGGAGAACAAAAUGCUUUUUUGGUCUAGGCUUUAAAGAGACAAGCACACAGACAUGUAUGCCUGAUAUCUGAACUAGAAAUGUGAACUACUGUUGAACCAAGGCUGUAAAAGCCCACAUCUGGUUAUCUUAGAGCAUGAGGAGUGAGCAGUAGACUUGUGUCAGUACCUUUCAUGCGCUUGUGCUGACAACUUCAUGAGGCUGCUUUGUCUCAGAGUGAAUUGGCUGUCACUUCUUGUUUGAAAAAGUCCUGUUUGUAAAUCAAAAAUGUAAAGGGAGUGUAGCUGGAAGGACAUUCUUGUUGUAUUGAUUAUUCUGUCCCUUAGUUAAAUAUCUUUUGUACAAACUGUAUGCCUGUGUGCGUGUGUCCAGAGAUUUGUGUAUGCUCUUUCUAAACAAAGCUUUGUUUGGACACUGGCUUUAUUCCAGGAAGAUGUGCCUUUGUGUUGUCUCUAAAAAUAAACCUAAGCGUGGCUCCUGUUGUUGUGUACACAGAUGUACUCGCACACAGGUUUACUUAGGUCAUACCUGGGGAUUUACAAGGACCUCCAAUGAUUCCUGUAGGACUCACACUAAUUUGAACCGCUCCCAAAAUCUCUCUAUUUUUUUUUCUGAUUUUGAACAUAGCUUUUGUCCCGAAUCAGACAAACUGUCUACAAGAUCCUUGGUCUUUUAUCUGUCUCAAAUGUCUGUACAAAGUUGCUUCCUUUACAGUGAUGAUCAGGGUUCUUGGUUAAUCUUAGAUAUAAUUUGAUUUCGCACCAAAUUAUACAAUAAAUAAAUAAAUAUAAAUAAAAUUCUGUACAAAAACAUUGCAGUUCAUUAUUUUCGGUACUCAGCGUUCAUUAGGGGUCCUUCCCAUUUCGUAUCGAUUCUGCACUAUGAACUAUUUUUAGUUUUUAGUACCCCAUUCAGAAGAAUUUUUUUAGCUUCUGCUUCAGAGUAGGUACCCUGGCUCCCAGCUCAAGACUUACAAGACUUGGAGUGACAGUGAAGGUAAGUUGAACACCAGAGCCAAUUUAGGACCACCGACUGCCAGUUUUAAAUCCCACUUUAAACCUUUGUAAAAUAACUGUAACAGUAGCUAAAAGCUCUUAAAAUCUUUAAGAAACUGACGUCAACACUGGCAGGUGGAAUGACAAUGAAGUCCAUGCUUUUCUGAGUCUUUGUGGUUUUGAGUUAGUGAGUGUAGUGUUAUAAUCUUUGAAAGUAUUUUCAACCAGCACACUCACCUGGUAGUCCACCACACAGCAACACAGCACUUUGUGCAGCAGUCCACUGGUGGACACCUCUGUAGCGGGCAAGUAACCCCCACCGUGGCAUCCUCCAUAGUUUCUGUUGUGUUGCACAAGGGACAUUGCUACAGCAAUUAUGUUACAUCCGGCUCACAUCACUUAAAGGUUCAUAUCAGCCAUCACUAUGGUGGUGCUAAUGCAAAUUAAAAAAGUUUCAAUAGUGUCUAGUUCUUAGGAAAAUUCCCUAGUGGUUGGUGCCUUUUGGAAAAGUCUUCAAAACUGAUGGUACAAGAUUACAUAGUGUGAAGUUGAGUUCAUGGAGGUUGAAAAACAGUCAUCACAAAACAUUAGUCUGAGUAAAGGUUUAAGUAACAAGCCUUCAUCUCGAGCUGUCAACUUCUUACAUUACGAGCGAUGAUUGACCCGCAAAAAAAUUUUUUAAAAAAGAACCUUGUACAGAAGCUGCCAAAAGAGAGAAGGGUAAGAGAGACUCGUUGCCCAGGCAUGAAUAGUAAUCUGCAGGGUAUUUAUUUGUAUAUUUUAUUUAAUUAACAUCUAGGUGCCAAAGUUAUGGGUACUCAUAGUGUUUUGGCUUCUAGAAUGUCCCAAGCCUCGAGGCGCAGAUAGCGUUCGUACGCGGCUGACAACCAUCGGCCCAUGGCUUUGAGGGUGGACACAGGAGCCGUCAUAGCUGCGGUUGUAGCUGCACCUAUGCGGAAUGAAUGAGCCGUGUAGCGACCUGGAGGAUGUGUGAAGGGCGAUCAGCUGAGCUGUCAUCUGACUGAGGGCUGGCUUAAGAUCAGCUGACUCUAACCUUUAGCUUGACUGUAACCUUCGUGUCUUGCCUGAACUACGACUUUGCUUAAUUUCAGUCAGGAAUUCUUUAGGUAGAAUUAAUUAUUUAUUACUAGCAAACAUUUUUUUUUAACAUUGGCGGUAUGGCUCUGUUCUGAGAGUUCCCUGCUCUUUCAUGUGCUCGCAUGGAAUCCCAAAGCUAAGAGUGGGAAUGCCCUCCCCUCCCUUUCAUGUGCAUAUACGAAAAGCCAAGGCAGAAAAAGCAGCAGCGAAUAAAUAAAAUUAAGGUAAAUUAGGAUCCCCCAAAACGACCAUACCGGACAACCUUUCAUGUGCUACAUUAAAGCCGAGGCAGGGGGAGCAGCGGCAAAAAAAAUUAAUAGUCCCCCAGAACAACCAUACCAGGCAACCCUCCCGGGCUUUCAUGAGCUACAUGAAAGCACCUACAGGGGAGGGAGGGCAGCCAGCAGCAAGGAACUAUGAAGCAACCUACCCACCUCUAAAGCUCGCAUAGUAUUGGUUACCCUCACAACAUGAUCAUGGAUCAGGAUUAGUUUAAUCCAUACACACAUUUAUAAUUGGGAAUAUCCUUAAGAAUACAAUAGAUAUGGGACAAAAUUAUGGAGCAGCAGCUUUUUUUUAAGCACUCGUAGCUAAUUGAGCAUAGGAAUAUUCUUUAGCCUCGGGCCUGAGGUAUCAUUCAAAGGUCGAGAGCAUCGAGACAGGGACAAUGGAAGAUGUAGUUGUAGCUGCGCCUAUGCAUGGUGAAUGCGUAGAGUUGUACUCGGGUAGGAGCCAGCAGGAUUGGCAGAGCAGGCAGAGGUGAGCAGAAAACCACGAUCUGGAUAUAGGUUUCCCCUUACUCAAUGGCAAAGAGAGACUCUUGCUGUCUGGCCAGUGGCUGGCCUCUCAGGCAGCGGGACAUGGAGGAUAAAGAACAAAGACAGAAUUAGUUCGAGAAAUAUAAAAAGGUGCGAGAUUCCAAACAGUGGACUAUUAAAGCACAUACAAUGGAUAUAUUUAGGGCGUUGGAGCUACAGAGAAGGUGGUACAAAGGAGGUAAAGUGAGACCAUGCAGAAUCGUAUAAACUUUAAUGCUGAUUUUGCUUAACCAGCUCUCAUGUAGCUGGCAGCAGAGAGCACCUAGAUUUGCAAGGUCUGAAGUCUGAAUGAAUGGCUUCACGAACAGCGGUUGGGAUGCUUUGCCAGUGCCUUCCCCAGCUCAGGGACAUUUGACAGAGUAGCCAGCUUUAUUCUCUUUACUGUUUUACCAGGUGGGUGCAUCUUGGGCAUGUUGAUUUCAGAUGUCCGUCCCUGGAGUAACUUGGCUUCUCCGAGUAGUAGGCUUAGAGAGGCUUGGGUGGUUGGCCUGUAGCCACAGUUUUAGGGCUCAGAUCAGAGGUGUGGGCAGGGGUGAAGGUAGGAUAAGGUUCCUCCAGGUACUUUACCCGUAGACUUUGUACAAGAGGAGCACACCCAAGUUAAACGAGGUGCUGACUCCGAUGCCACAGUAUCAUCAUCUGCUGUAUUGCUCUCUCUUGAACAUAAAAUCAAUUUUUUUCUCUGCAUUUUGUCUUAUUUCUGCAUUAAGAUUGAAGCAGCUGACUUUAAAAGUUCCCUCCUUCUGCAAAAGGUGGGAGGUGGGCCCCAUCACCUAGGCAACCAGCAUCCAAUCAAAAGUGCUCACUGAGUGCUCCCACUUCUGGAGUUUAUUUGGAAGCAAAUACAACUCACUCUCAAGUAGCAUGGUCCUAUUGGAUUACUACAGUUAUAACGCAGAUUGCAGACUGAUGUGCGGCAACACACUAAGCCAAAAUACAUGGCAGGGGUAAAAACUUUAAACUGUUGAUUAUGUCUUCCCAAAACAGCUGCGUAAUGGCUCACUUUCACCUCUGGGUGAGGGAAAGACCCACAGAUUGAGCAGGAAAAGCUUGAUGCUCAGUGAAAUGUCUACUGAUUAGAGCCAGGUCGACUACAGACAAAUCAAGUCUGGUUGAAUCUUUGAAUGUACUUAGCAGCUUUGCUGAAAAUGAUUUGUGAUGUUCCUAGAAUAAUGAUCCUCCAUAAGUCAUGGCUGAAUCAGAAAUAAUGGCGCGAUAUGUGUCCAGUUCAGUUCUGGGUGCUGAAAACACUUCACGUAUGACAUCUCCAAAUACGCCGAAAGCUAUGAAUUAAGCUAAGGUCGGAGAUUUAAACAGCCGGGCAUCACGAUAUUCAAGCAUCACAGACUCAUCCCCGCAAUCCAUAAUGCGUCUAUUGUUGUAGUCAGAGCACAGCAAGAUUAAUGUCAGUACCUGCAAGGAUUUGGCUCCGCGGAUUAGGGGCUCUAUUUUGGUGCCUCGCCGAAGACGUGCUGCAAGCGCAGCGUCAAUCAGAUCCGCCGCGCUGACAAGGCAUUCCCAAGCACAUUUUAGUAUUUUGGUGAGCCGCGAAGCCCGGCGUAAGUAUCCCCCCUCCCUAACUCAGCUCCUCCCGGCAGCAUAAAUCAUAGACGGGGAGGAGAGAGGGCGUAUAGGAGGUUUAACACAGCCAAGACCUGUUUUCACCAAUCACAUAAGCUCCUCUCCUUGUCUUUAAAUCCGCCACCGGCGAGGCGUAAUACUAUUUUCAUGAAGUAGUCAAAGAGAUCAAGAGAUGUCUGAAGACAGUUAUGCCACACGAUGGCGACAGAGGGCAGCUGCUCAACAAGUGUCCUCCACACUCUCUCAUCUGAGCACAGAUGGAUUUGGUGUGCGUAAUGUUGGACCCACUGGUAAGACAAACACCCUUUUCCACAAAAAAGACACUCACAUAAAGUUGCAUAUAUUCAAACCUCACGUGACAAAGGUGGGUUUAGCGCACAGAUCACAACAUAAACUCCAAAAAUGGCAUUAAAAUCGGAACCAUCUGUGCGUAAAUGACGCAUCGCGCUCCGUGGCCUGGCUCUUUCUUUCAUAGAUGUUGGCAAUAUAAAAUAAAUUUGGCCCACAAAACUGAAUAUUAUAAUAUCCGUAUGUCGGCUUAAAGUAGAUCACGCAUCUGAGCACUGAAACAAAUCAUCUGUUCAGCCGCAGCAGCUGCAGCAAGACGGACAGAGGACACGGAGACGUGUCCAGGUCGAGCUGUGCGAGAAAUAAGAGGAAGAAAGAAAAGGAGGGAGACACAUUACAUAUCUUGUUAACUUCAUCGUGUGUUUAUUUACUAGAUAUUUAAUUUAAUUUGAUGCAGUUUCAGCUGUAUUGAUUCGGUCAGGUUGUGUGCCCAAACGCGUGCCAAACGCGCUCAUCAGAUCAGAUAUAGAUCAGAAUAUAUCGAUAUAGAUCUAAAUGUAUGUGCUGACUCAGAUUAAUAGUUGAUGAUGAUUAUUUAUUGCACUGAAAUCUGCCUGACACUGUGGAAACCUGCCGGUGAGGCAUCGGUGACGUGUGUUGAUACGCCGCCGGUCUACCAAAAUACUACUAGACCAGCUGCGUUCCGCCUUGCGCUGAAAGCUGACCAGGUUUGAAUCGGCGAGCUUUCAGCGCACGUUACACGCCGGUGGCGAGCACGAAAAUGUCACUGCGCCAGCUGAUUCUGUCAACAACUCCCCCUGCCACGCCACCACGCCCAGCUUGGCGGAUCUCGGCUCGCCUCCGUGCGACUCAGUCCACGAAAAUACCAAACUCGCCUUACACCGGGCUCCGCCAGACGAAAAUACAACUGCGCGGGGCUCGCCGCCCUCCGCCGCCUCACCGGUGCGAACGAAAAUAGAGCCCUAGGUGUAAUUGAAGCCGCAGGAGGGAAGAAUGGGACACCGGUGGAGACUGGGACUGCACUUCUCAGGGUCCUUCGCGGGAUGGUGACACCGUCGUCGGUUGUCGCUGGAGUGAUGUCAUGAAUGCAGGUGACAGCUGGGAUGAAGGAAGACAGCCGAGCACGUGCCGAACCGAUCCUUGAAGACAUGUGGGUGAACGAUGGCUGGAUGCUGGAUAGUGCUUUUGGGAUGGGAUUGUCACCCAGGUCCGCGGGUUUGAUAGCUGAGGUUGAGCCUUGAGCUUUGCUGGCGACAGCGAUGAUGUGGCGGCUGAAGCUGGAACUGUCGUGACGCUGUGGGAACAGUGUUUGCUUUUCUCGGUCGCUUUUCUGGAUACAGAGAAGGAAGAGAGAACUGCAAGUGGAGGAUCUAUGUGGAUAUUUUACAUAAACAAGGGGAAAGCUCUUGAUGUGAGGCACCAUCUGGAGCUGUGAUGUUAUUUUUCAAUGACUUCCAGGAGCCUGUACUCUGGCCGUUCAUUGAAGCUGGAGAAGUUUUACUUGCCAGAGGAGAGCUCCCGCUGAAGACAAUGCAGCUGUCAUCGCAAGGGCUGUCUUCCUCAAUUUCUCAUUGCUGAUGUUGCGUUUCAGAAAAGCAUUCAUUCUGCCAUGGAUCCUCAUUGUGGGCAGCAAUCGACAUGAUGAAGAGCAAGGUAGGAAAAAGCAAAAAUGCAGAUCUGAGUGUUCUUAAACGUGGGAGCGUGCAGAGCGGUUGCAGCAGCUUGCUGGUUAGCUGUUGAAGCAGAGGAAGAGGCUGGGUUAUUGCAGUUUUAAAUAAGGCGCUCUAUAGGCAUAGGACCAAUAGGAGGUUUUCACUUGACUUCACUUCCGUGUUACGCAGCACACACGCAAUACAGAUGGAGGGCAGGAAGUGAGUUGCUGCUGUAAAGACCAGCAAUGUGCCGAUGUUUUGCUCUGUUUACGGCUGCUCGAAUUGAUCGAACAGGGAAAAAAAACAAGCGCUUUGAUCGUGUGCCCAAAGUAGUGUUACACAAAGGGGAAAGAUAUAAGAAGCUGACUGAAAAAAGCCGGAAAAAAAUGGCUUUUUAAUCUCCGCCUACGGCAGUGUUUGUGUGCAGUGACCACUUUGUCAAAGGUAAUGACUUAUUUUCAGCCCGUAGUUGAAUUCUUUCAUUUCGAAGUUGAGUCGUGUCAAACUGUGUAGGGAGGGGGGUGCGGAGCGGCCGGAUACGCCAGGAGCGCCCCAGAGCUCCAGAGGGGGUGGACGGAGAAAAGAGGGAAGAGCCCAGUGCCGAAUCCCGUGGACGGUGUGAGGCCGGUAGCGGCCCCCGUUGCUGGGAAUGGUAUUCUCAGAGGCGGGUUGUUUGGGAAUGCAGCCCAAAGCGGGUGGUGAACUCCAUCUAAGGCUAAAUACCAGCACGCAUCUCCUCCAUUGCAGUCCGUCGCUUCCUGCCCUCCAUUUGGUCUUCGCGCGAAGUCAGGAUCACAUGACUGAAAACCUCCUAUAGGAGUUAGGAGUGAAUCAGCUGACUAUAGUCUGGUUGAGGUGGCUACUAGCCAUUGGCUGCGGAUCAGCGCUUGACAUCGUGUCCUGACAGAACUAAUGCUAUGCUUCAUUUAUGAAAAAAUUUGACACAGUUUUGAUCCCACUUGUCAUUGAAGUGCAUGAACUUGACCUGUAUUAUUUAUGGUGAAAAUAAACACUAAUAUUCAGUCCCAGAGGUUGCAUCACUUGAAAUGGUGCUUUGAGUUUUCCACAUAAUAAAAGGAAGGCUAUGGUGAGCCUCAGGACUUCAAAGAUAGAGUUUUUAAGAGGAAAUAUUGCAUUUUGAAUCUUUAGUCCACAACCACAAUAGGGGUCAGGACUCCGCUGGAACCCUUUUUGGCAUUUAAUCUUUCCCUCCAUCAUUUUUUCCAUGGCCAAAGCUGAAAGAGGAAAUGAUGGAGAGAAAGAGAGUGGGACAGUGAGAGAGACAGGGGGAGUAAGAUUCAGAGGCCCAGUUAAGUCUGUGGCUUUGUGUUUCAUGAAGAGUGAAAAAAGCACAUUAGAAGUCAGCACUUUCCACCAGGCAACGGAAUGAGUGAACACACACACACACCUCUCCUCCUGCAGUACCCCAGCCUCACAUUAUAAGGCUGAGUGGAGAGGAGGAAUGGCAGCAUCUGUGUCUGAGUGUCAGUGAAUGUGUCAGGCGAGGUGGCUGCAGUCAGAUAGAAUCUAUAAGCCACAAAUAAAUACUGUUGUUAGACUUUUUCUCCUUUUUCUCCUCAUUUAUACAGAAAAUCCACUUAGUCAUGUCAGAGUCUCUGACAAGUCAAGUAUUUUAUUGUAUAUUGAUGUAUGAUUUUAGUUAUGUACAGCGUCUUUGAGUCUGUGAAAAGCGCUUAACAAAUAAAAUGUAUUAUUAUUAUUAUUAAGUCAGACCCAAAGGAAAAUGAUGAUAGAUGAAUUACAACAGACUUAUAACAGGGUGAGUGUCUUAUAGCUAUUGCUCAGUAAACCACAAAGAAACUCCUUUUUACCAUCCCUUGAAUAUUGACCUUGUGAGUAGAGUAUAGUCAACAACUGCAGUUUGCUUAUUAAUGACCCGGGUGAUAAAUGAUGAUAUAGGAUUAUCAGUUAUUGCAUGAUGAGGACUGCUGGUCACCUCUAAAGAAGGGGAUGUGGAAAUGAUUAGUGAUAUGCAUACCAGACAAGCAGGACUAAUGUAUACAGCAUGGGAUGUGUGUCUGCAGCUGUUGGCCUGGAGUCAGAGGCAAGGACCAACAUUUCCCCCCACAUUUCAGUCACACUCAGAAAGUAAAGCGUAACAUGGACAACUGAACAAGGUUAAGUGCUCAAGGAGUUAUUUUUCCAAGCAUUAGUUUACCUGGUUCACCAUGGACCCCUUCAAAUGUCCUUUUGAAAUUCAUGAAAAUGAUCAAGUAUUUUGACAUAAAUGUCAAAUACAACAGAUACCAACAUAUUGUGUCACAUUUGGUUAUUUUAAAAGACAUUGUAUCAAAAGGUUCUUUUGAGUAACCUGCUCAAGUUGAAUUUACUUUUAUUGCAAGAAAAUAAUCCAAUUGCAGAAUGUGAGAGAUAAUCCAAUUUUAUAAACAAUACAGUAUAAAAUAUAAAGUUUGUUGAGUUUGUCAUCCACCCAUGCAAAAGUUUAAAUUUCAUGCUUUGUUGUUUGACGUUAUGAGUGCUUGAUAAGACACAGUGUAAUACUACCUGAAAUUAAAUGAGGUGAUAUGGACAAAUACCCAGCCUUCAUAAUAACAAUACAAUUUGAUAUGUUACAAAACAAUUAUUUUAUGAUACAGUGCUGUAUGUUAAGGUGUGAUACAAAGGAUAUAUUAAGAUAAGAAGGACUUAAUUUAUUUGAUUGUCUGGGUUUGUCUCAUGUUUCAAGUUUUAUUUCACCUACUAUUUACAGCCAAGUUGUAAAGUCUUCUGAAUCUUUCUGUCCUGCAGCGAAGAGAGAGGAGCCGUCCACCACCAUUGACCCUUUGGUCCAUCAAGGUGUUGUGAAAUGGGUCAUCCAUGUUCUUUAGAAUAGUCUCCACCUUCCUCAGUGCAGAUCUCUCCACCACAUCCUCCACUGAGUCCAGCUUGAAUCCAACCACAGAGCCUGGUCUUUUUCACCAGUUUGUUCAGACGUCUUGCAUCUUUGUGUUUGGUACUUCCUCUCCGGCAGACUGCAAUGUAGAACAGAACACUGUAGACACCACAGACUGAUAAAACAUCUGCAGCAUCUGACUACAGAUUAGGCCUGGACGAUAUAGAAAAAAAGCAUAUCGAUAAAAAAUAAAUCAUAUUGAUCGAUAUCGAUAAUUAUCGAUAUAAUUGUUAUAAUUAUUUAACAUAUAUUUUAAUUGAAGCCCUGGAUGUUUUAUGCUAUUGCUUAAUGACCUACUUUUAAUAAAGAACACACAAGCACUGAAUUCAAAUUCAAACCUUUAUUCAACCACCUUUUUUAUUUUACCACAACUGAAAGUUUUUUAAAAAAGAACUAAAAAAAAAAAACGGAAUCAACUUAAGUGGCCUGAGUGACGUCAGUAAAUACUGACAAACAUAAAGACUAAAGUGACCAGAAAAUCUGAUAAAUAAACAUUUAAAUAGUCUUUUGAUGAAAAUAAACAAAACAAACAAAUAUAUAAAUAAACAGAAUAGCUUUAGGUGGGAAUAGCAUACUACCAGUUUUAACUGUGUGGGAAACUGCCCACAGCCUGGUGUCUGAACACUGAAAUAUUUCUCCCGGGGUCGGGAGAUUUAUUUUUUUUAAUUAUCAUUUGAUUGACUUAAUACACAAACUAAGCUCGAGAAGCAGGACUUAUCCACGCCGGUGUUGUGUCGUAGAAUGCACCCCUGCCGAAUGCACCCCCUGCUAGUAGCCAUGAUCCAAAUACUCGCAUCUUUGUAAAAUAUAAGCUCAUUUUCUUCCACUUUAAGAAGCUACACCGGAACGUAUUUCCUCCGCACCCUUCUCACCUUUUCAACCCCUGACCCAUUUUCAUGCCUGAAGCGCUGUGUUUGAGAAAUACUUGCGGCCGGACACUUCAUAUCGCGGGUCGAGAGUGGCUAGAAGCUGGUCGAAGCCAGGCUUUUCAACGGUAGUUAUUGGUAGUAUGUCCCUCGCUAUGGAGCAUGUUACUGCAUGGGUGAUGUCCUUAUGCCGCUUGGACGCUUUGUCGUAUUUUGGCAAGAAACGAAGUCCGGUUUGGUCUGGUUCACAUGCUUUGUGCUGGUGCUGGCAGCGGUUCCAGAGGAUUCCUCCGACGACGUGGAGCCGCGGCGCGGCCGACACAGCUCGUACUCCUGCGGGUGCAAUCGGUUUAGAUGGUAAAACAAGUUGGUUGUGUUACCAGACUUCGUUUUUACUAAUUCUCUGCAAAUUUUGCAAACGACCACUGUUCGCUUUUUGUCAGACUUCUAAAAACCAAAACAUUGCCAUGCUGGUGAACUACUGAAACCUUUUUUCGGGACAAUGUCCUCCGCUUCUCCUUGCUGUAUCAUUUUUUCUAAUACACGUGCUGUCUGUUGUGGUUUGAGAGGGGCUGGGCUUGGUGCCGUAGCGUACCUGGGUCUGCGUUUGUGAUUGGUUGGGAGGAAGUAAUGACUGUAGUAAAAGCUACAUGAUAGGCUAUGAUGAAAAAGAAAGGGAAACUGUGUUUUUCUAUCGAACUUUUUAUCGACCCAUUUUUUUUCUAUCGCACCACACGUCUAUCGAUCGAUAUAUAUUGUUAUCGAAUUAUCGUCCAGCACUACUACAGAUGUCUAUUGAUUGUGGUCAUAUUGAUAAAUGCCACAAUAGCGGUGUCAUUUGAGUAUUUCUGGAUGUGGCAGGACUCAGUACUGUGUUUGAAGUCUGACGCAUACAGUGUGAACAGGAUACAAUAUGAUAUGAUAUGAUACUAUGCAGCAAGAAAUUGGACUAAAAUAAUUAAUAUUUGAUAUUUUCCUCUCCCCAGUAUGUGGUAUAUUGUAAUAAGAUAAAUACAAGAUCUUAUAAUAGACGAACACAGGUUUUGGGGUCUUACUUUCCUAUAAUGAAUGAUUUUUGCAUAUAUUCAGUCUGCAUCACCAGCCUUAUUAUUGUCAACCCUCUCCUGCGUGUGACUGUCAUAACACUCCACUGUGUGUAAGCUACAGGUGUAGAUUCUAAGAGAAGCCUUAAAAGUGCUCCUUUUUGUUUUGAGUAUGUGUGUCUUCAACAUUCACUAGCACUGAGGUAAAGUGUCUCUGGUUUUGUUGAUCCUUUAACAGGGUAUAGAAUUUGACACUGUGCAAUUUAAAAUAAGGGUCAUGAACUUAGGGGAAAAUUGUCCUGAACUCAGAAGCUCGCAUGUCUGCACAGGAGGACUAAGAUAAUCAAUAUUCACAAUGAUUUAUGAGUUUCUUUUUUGUUUGUUUUGGUCCUUUUUUGUUAUAGCUGUUAUAUUAAUUAUGUAUCAGUAAAUUUGGACAUAAGUUCAGGAUGUUCAGAAUAACCCCCCAAACUUCAUGACUCCACACAUAAGCUUGCUUUAUUUUUUAUCACUGGGAUUUUGUGUCUUCAUUCUAGAGCUGGAAUUAACUGUAUAAAAGCAAAAUGUCGCUUCAAGUCUCACAUUUUUUAAAGUUUCUUGACAGGCUGAAUAUUUGUGGUUUUGUGUAACUGACGUGUAUGUGUGUAUCAAUUGUGUAUUUUGUUUUUCUCUCUUCCCUGCAUUUUUCUCUAAUGGGGAUCCCUUCUUUUAUCCCCCUCUCUCCCUCCCACCCUCCCUCAUGGCUCCUCCUUCAGCUUUUCUUCACUAAGAAGAGCGGGCAGCUACAGAUGGAAUGAAAUCCAGCUGUGUGUGUGUGUGUGUGUGUGUGUGUGUGUGUGUGUGUGUGUGUUUGUGUGUGUGUAUGUGUACAUGUCUGAAGGAUUACUUGCUACUUCAAAGAAUGUUCAUGCAGGUCUGCUGGAUUACACUCAAAUAGCUCGAACAUGCUUUGCAUUGAAUUAAAUCAGAAGUCUUAAUCUAAACAUUUAUCUUUCUAGCAGGGGUGUGCAAUAUUGACAAAAUUAAAUCCAGAUAUUUAGGAGGCUUUUGCUAAUAAAAAUUGAUUUUGAUGUUUUGCACCCUUAUCCAUCCAUCCACCGAUACAACACAUGAAAAUAUAGUUUAUAAGUUAACAAACACAAAUUGGAAAAAAAAAAAAAAAGAACAACAGUAUGUGCUUCGUUUACAAUACAGGACAAAACAAAUGAGACACAGCCUGUUUCUUUCAGGCUGGAUUUUCAUAUUUUAAAGAUCAUGGGGAACCAUUAUUGUCAUUGAAAUUGAAACCUUGAUUUAUCACCCAGCCCUAUUUUGUACCUUUCAGUUGAUGUUAUCACAACAGGUGAUCCAUACAUGUGUGUCAGACACUGCAGAUUAUAAGAGGUAAGGGACAGAGAGCCAUAAAUUAUUGGUAACAGAUGUGAUCUUAUACAUUAAAAAAAGAAAAGAAAGGAAAAGCUAAAACUGGUCAUUGAUGAUACUUGGGUGGCACAUAAUACAUUUCCCUUGGUGCAACUGUCUAGGUAUUGUCUAUGAGUCUAUGACUGUAAAGGUGUGUUUUGAUUGUUAUCAUUUUUUUUAAAUGAGUGACAUAUUUGCACAUUGUUCAACAAAAAUGUGGAUAUAGUAGACAAUACUCUAACUCUAACAUUUUCCACUUUUAAUUAUUAUUCAUCUCUCUGUAUCAGCAUCAUUCCAAAACUCAGUCUGACUGGCCAGCCUAAAGAUAGUUAUUCUUUGAAUGCUAUUUUUUUUCAUUUAUGAGACCUCUGGAGUGACAUAACUGGAGCUCUUUAAUACUGUUUUCAAUCCUCAAAAUAAGUGUCUCAUAUUCCCAAUGUAACCUGUGCCUGGCACUCAACUUUAUGUGGACAUCAUCUGUAAUGUGUUCAGUAUAAUGUAUACAGGUGUCUCUAUGCUAGCUUUCAAAAUCUCUAUGGCUUGUUUAUGUGAUACUUUAGUGGUUUAUACUGCAUUUAUCAAAUUUGACACACAUGUCAUGUUACAAACCUGGCACAUAAACCCAUCGUCUACAAGGAUACUCUAUUUUUGUCAUAUCCAAUCCAGACUCCCAUUUUGUGCCAUAGUCACACUACUUUUUCUCACUUAGUUCAGGUGCACAUUAAAGCGUCUGUUGCCACGUUUUUGUUUUCCUGAGCUUCUAGCGUCGUGAGAUGGAGCAUUUGAAACAGAAAACUGUUGUUAUUUACAUUCUUGUCUAAACCACAAAACCUCAGUGUCUCAUGAAUCAAAGUCUUUGUCCUACUCUUCAUGUUACCUACCUCUAUUUUACUGUUUAUUUCCCACUUCUUCCCCCCUCUUCCCCCACCUCAGACAUGGGAGGCCUAUCCUGUGGUACACCCCACAGCAACAUGCUCACACACAAAAAUUGUGGCCUGCUUCCUGUUGGUGGGGGGAGGCUGUUUUUACUGUGACUCCAUUUUGGCGGAGAGAGCUAAUUCCCCUGCUGUCUGGCUGUGUGUGUGUGUGUGUGUCUGUCUGACUGUCUGUCUUUCACGUGUGCUUUAAACCAUGCUUGUGUCUGCUGGCUCAGCUUCUGGACUGCUUUGGUUGUACUUGAGCCCAUGUGUGUAUGUCAGUAGUAUUGUAAUUUCAUGUGCAUUCAGAAAUUUCUGCAGAGUUUGACGAGCUCAACAACACAGAGUAGACAACAGGCUUAACGAUGUCAGUUAUAAACUCAGCUUUAUUUUUUAAACAGUAUGAUGGUGGCUAAACAUUUUACAUGCUACACGUGCUUUCUAUGCAUAUUAAAUACCAGCCUUAUAGGAUGAAGUUUAGCUUUGAAGCAAAAGACACAUUUAUUAAAAAAGGCUGAUGCUUCAUUUUGUAUUUUCAAGAAUAAAGAGAAAAUCCCAGUUUAAAUGUGAAGACAUGGAAGUGUCUCUUCCUUUCUGUGGCUGAGACUGAGGGUGACCCUUAACCUUUAUAUAUCAUAUUUUAGCAUCUCAGUGCAAAGGAAUUCUUUGGGGAAUUGAUGGCUUAUAUUGCCAUACUAACGGCAUUUCAUAUUAUUUCCCAUUUACUUUGGGAAAAAAACUUCUUUCGGCAAGAACAUUGCUUCAAAAUUGUGAUGCUUCUAUUUUGACAUCUUUACUGUCCUGUCUUUGGUUGGCUUUAUUUCCUGUACUGUAAAACAUGUUAAUAAUGGUCAGUUGUUCACAAUGAAUUUAAGAAUUUGGGUUUUGUCUGACCAGUAGAUGCCAAGGUGGCAGUCUGCAUCUAUUAAUGGCUUUGGCUGCAGGUGUAAGCGCCAUUUAGAAGUGUUGUAAAAAGGUCAGAUACUACACAUAUCUAACUCUUGUUUUGGGAACUAAGCUGUAACUUCUGAAAUCACCUCACCGAUUACUUAACUUUCCUUGAACAUAUGAAGCAUUACAUUUACAAAGCAUUACAUGAACUCAGACUGUCUCUCUCACACCUCUCUGUUACAUUCUUAGGUGUACUAUCUGACCUUUUUACAACACUUCUAAAUGGCGCUUACACCUGCAGCCAAAGCCAUUAAUAGAUGCAGACUGCCACCUUGUGGUUUGUAGUAGUAGCUGUUCAGAAUUCUAUUGCAUACAUAAGAACAGUGAGCUCUCUGUUACAAUCAUUUUUACCCUUACUAUUACAAUGUGAACAAUAUGAACUCAUGCAUUUGUGAACUAAAGACACAACUGUUGCGACUGUUUCAUAUGUUCCCUCCACUUUAUGGUCAGAACUGCUACUUCCCACAACUCAAAAACUUUGUGGUUUAUUUUUAGCACAAUAUUAGUAUUUUAUUAUUUUUUAAGACAUUAUAGUAUGACUGUGUGACAUGAUGUUCUUGUGAAAUUACAGAGAUGUUUCACGGAGCUGUGCUCAUUAUCAAGUGUAACACACAGUGUUUGUUAUUCUCCUAACAGAUUCAUUUUCAUGUGAAGGACUUGAUCUACCAGUGACCCAACCUGACCAGCUCACCAUAAACAUCCUGCAAGACUUUCAAGCUGAGAAGUACUGUAAGCUCAGCAACAGUUACCAAGAAAGAACCUCUGAGGUUUUUUACCUGGCUGGUUGUUGACCAGACAGAACUGCAGCCAUGUUGAUUGUCUUAGCCUUCAUCAUCCUCUUCCACCUGGCUGCAGCCAUCCUCCUCUUUGUUGCAACCAUUCAUAAUGUGAGUUACAAACCAGUGUGAGUAUACAAAGAAUGUUAUCGCUCCAGAAAGCACUGAAAUUAUUUCAAACAUCUCUCUGUAUUCCUCUGAUGUAGGCUUGGUGGGUGGUGUCACCAGCAGGAUAUGAUGUGAUCUACGCUGACCUGUGGUACGCCUGCAACACCACCUGCUAUUCUCUGGAGAGCAGUCACACAGCUGAUGCAGGUGACACAGUUUGACUAUCUAACAGCCAGGACUAAGCUGCACAUGGCACAGCACUGGUGUCAUUGUGCCAUUUUCACACUGAGCAUUCACUUUUACCAGGGUGGUUGAUGAGACAAAGGAGAGCAGACUGCAGGAUUAUCUUGUCUCUUGACAAAAUCAAACAGUUUCAUCUUUGUGCUGUCUUUCUUAAGAUAAAGAAGAUUGCAUCAAUAAAGGAGCCUCUAUCAUUUCCUGCUUCAACUUCAACAGAAUGGCUGCAGCAAAUGCACCUUUCGUCUAAGCACCACUAUGCCGUAUGGAGGCCACUGUAUGUUCUGUCUAUGCAGGUUCUCAUUCAUCCAGGUCAUGGUUAUCCAAUUCUUCUUACUUUGUUAAAGCGGUUUACCUGUCCAGCACAAAGGUUACAGAGUCCAUAAGAUCCCGAAGUGAUCAUUGAUGUUGACCUGGCUUUUUAGCUCUUGUCCGGAUGGUCACCUCCUUUCUAAGCACCCGUUAUUCCACCAGAGUCUCUGGUAUUUACUUCGUUUUCUUGCUUGUGUCGGCAGUCGUGGCCAAAGGAGGAUUCAGACAAUUUUCUGUACUUUUUGGUUGGUUUCUGCUGUCUGAUGUUGUAGCACGCUAACUUUGUUUGGGCUCAUGCACAUUAUUCAAGGAUGUGGAGUGUGCCUCACAACAUGAGGGAGCAGUGUCUGCCUCACAACCCAUCAGCAUGAGGGAGCAGCGUCUGCCUCGCAACCAAUCAGGUUGGGGGAGGCGGAGAAUGGCUGUGUUUACAGUCAGAAUAAGUGGGCUGCUCAAAAAUUUUAAAAUGUUGACUACACAGACAUAACGGAACAAAGCGAUAUUGUUAUAUUCCCAAAUAUCAUCAAUAACUAAUAGCUAUUGACAGAUAUUAAAAUUAUAUACACCACAAAAAACAUGCUUCUUUAACAGAAUCCUGCCUACCCCACCUUUAAGUAUGCAUGUAUGUAACCCCUCAUUUCUUGUCAUUCCCCAGCAUAUCUGCAGGCUGUCCAGGCCACCAUGAUCCUAGCCACUAUUUUGUGUUGUGUGAGCUUCUUUGUCUUCAUCCUUCAACUCUUCAAGCUCAACCAAGGAGAGCGAUUCAUUUUCACUGCUAUUAUCCAGCUACUGGCCUGUAAGUUACACAAAUAUUUUUCAAGCAACUCAGAGCGCCAUCAUCCUUUUUCCUUCAAAGUGUAAUUUCUACCUUCUCUCUCUCCAUCUCUCUCUUCCAGCUGUAUGUGUGAUGAUCGGAGCCUCCAUCUACACAGCCCAGAAACAGAGUUUCCACAUGGCCAGCCUUCAGCAAGGCUCCUAUGGCUCUUCCUACAUCUUGGCCUGGAUCAGCUUCCCCAUGACCCUCAUCAGUGGCCUCAUGUACCUGGUGCUCAGGAAACGCAAAUAAGUGCUUGACAACCAGACAUGCAAAUGUUGGAUUACAGUAAUAGGAAGUCAUGAACUGUAAUACAAGAGGCAUAUAGUUUACUCACAAACAUACAUACAGCUCUUUAAAAAUGUUGGAUUUUAUACCAUCAGAGGCAAAGAUUAAGAGACAAAACAGCAAUAAGGCUCAGAACAAGACAAUCCAACCACACACCUUACCAAAACUAUGUUUGAAUCCACUUUGAACUUCUCAUGCCUUGUGUGUCCUCAUGCAGUCUUUGUCUUUUAGUUGGCAUGCAAGGUGGUCAGUUGAAGGUAUUUCUUAAAACAUUUAAGGCAAAUUAAAAUUUGAUUUGAUAAGAAGCAUUAGCAAUACCCUUUGUUUCAACAAAAAAGUGAGCUGCAUCCUUUAUACUAAUGGGACUAAUAUACCAGAUUUUAAAUGCAGACAGAGGUAUGUAAUCAUUCUCUUAGGUGCCAUCAUCAUCACCCACUUCACAUGAUUCAACGUUGCCCUGUAAUUCAUUGUACAGCAGCCACUGUGAUUCAUAAGGCAUGUUGGGACAGAGGAUGUGUAGUGAUUAUGAACCAGGCCACUGUAACUGCUAUUUAAAAAUGUUUUAACCUCAUUUGGUCAUCAUUUUGCAUUUGAAGAAAUCAGUGCUCUACCAUAAAGUACAUACAAUUUUGAUGUACUGUUUGAGUUCAAAAGAUGCCCCACUUUAAGACAAUAAAUGACCGGUAGAGGUGGGUGGCACCUCUAGGCUAGCUGGUGCUGGACAGUGCGUCUGUACUUUCAAAUAUCAACUGUAUUGAGGGCAAUGCUUAAUAACAGAUUAUACUAAAUAGAGCUAUGCAGCCGCACAUAAACUGCACAUUGUGGACUGUACAAGUGACUCUGAAAAAGACCAUGUUAUAGAACAGUUUUUAUGGUAGAUUGCUCCUUUCUGCAUGAACACAACAAAUACCCUGCUCACAAAUGACAUGAGAGGUAUCCAAACUUUCUACAUAUUUCACCUAAAAAAAAAAAAACAAACACACAAAAAAAACCAGUCCCAGCAUCUCAUCAGCGAAGCUUAAGUCAAAGCAGUUUAUUAUGUACAUAUUUGCCCAGUAUGUAUAGUUGAAUCAAUUACAAAAAUAAUAUUUCUUAGGAUAAAAAUGAUAAAGUAGAUCUGCCUUUAAUCAUUGCAUGUCGGGAAGAAGAGUAGUGAAGUUUUAGCCAAGAUAUAAUUUGUAGGAUUUUAACCCUUUGUUUGUAGUCUUGUGUUACUGACUUGUGUUUUAAUUGUGAAAAAGGAACCAUUGAUGUGCUGUGAUAUUUCAGACAAUGACAUGGAAAAAUAUAAACUUGAAUUAAGAAUGUGCUUUUCUUUGUUUUAUAUCGUAGUGUUUGUUUUUCUUUUCAUUCACAGCUCCAGUGAUUUUCAAAAAACUUAAAGUUAUUUAUUGUUUAAAACCACUGUUGUGUAUUGUAGCAUCAUGUGACUGAGGUCGUAUGAAGUAUACGGUCAUGUGGACUGAAACUGAAGACGCCCUUUGCAAAAUCAUCCUCCUGAGCUUGGGCAUUUGACAUUUGAUUAGAAAUAGAGUGACUUUACCAGUGACCUCAUCUAAAAAUGAACCUGAUCUAAAACACAACAAAGAGAGAUUUUGCUCUGCUGUCUCGAAGAAGAUACUUGAAAAUGAUCAAAACAAGAUUCUGAAGGUCAAGAUUGUGGUGUUUGUAGUGCAUGUGGUUUCAAAAAUUGUCAUCUUAGGAGUGUUUCCUUCCUUCCUUCCUGUAAUAAUUAGCUUGUUUGCAUGCAAGUUUUGUCUUUCUGUAAAUCCCUAUAACAUAUAUUAAACCCAAAAAGAAGUUGUUGCAAAUGAGAAAACUUUAAUAAUGAACUAAAAUUGCUCCUACAUGCUCUUGAUUUGCAGUUGAUUCACUGUGCUACUUUUCUUCCAGGGUGUCUGUUUGGUUUUUGUAAGAUGUGCCGUAUCUUAGUUUAUGCAGAUCAAUAGGAAGAACUACAGGACAAUAUUCAUGGAGACUUUUUGGACCGUUUUGCAGUUGACAUUUUUAAAUGCAUACUACGUAUUAAUUACAUAUUGAUCAAGACUCCAAUGUCGCUGCAUGUUGGCAUAAAGUUGAAAAUAAGAACUUGAAUCAAAAAAUAAUUUUGAUAGUAUGCAUGUUAGAUGAGUGUUUGGGCUUCUCAGUCACAUUUUCUUUGACUGAUUUCAACAAAUUUGUUUCUUAAGGCCAGUGUAGCAAAGUUAGUGGCAAUUCUGUAAUUUGAAAGAUUUCUACAUGCUCAUAUGUGUCAAAGUGAAAUGUUUUUUUGGUCCUCACCAUCAAGUAGGCAUAAAAAAAAUAAAAUAAAAAAAACUAUUUUUCGGAGUUUUAUUUUACUUUAGGUGACAAAACAAAUGCUACAAGCUACUGUCAAGCUAUUUAGAAAGUAGUGAUCAUGUUUUUGCUUCACAAAGCCUGAUGAUCUGAAUCAAACCCCCAGCAUCUUCAUUACUGUACAGGUGCCUUUAUUCCUGGUUGACCUUGCUUAGCAGAUGUAAAUCCCAAUAAAUGUAUUUUACAAGAAAUAAACUUUUGAUUGUAUGUAAAAUCUG